AUGUUCUUUCUGAAAACUCCAGUGUCAGCAAUUGGCAUGAGAACUUUGCUUCUCCCCAGUGCCAGGCUAGCUCCUCGUCAUGUGGGAAUUUCCUGCUUUUCGGCAAUUCGCCCUAUUGGAAUCAGAUCUAUUCAUCUGUACCAACACAAGAAAUACUCUACUGCAUCAGCACCACCACCCCCACCACCACCCAAAAAUGCCAAAGGUAUGAAGAUCUUGUCCACAAUCUCCAGAUUUGCGACCUUUUCCAUCUCGUCUCUCUUAGUGGUCGGAGCCUUGGGUGUUUCGGGAAUGGUCAUAUACUUGAUGUUCUCAGAGCUCUUUUUGCCGUCUGGAGAGACAAAAACUUUCAACAAGGCACUUAAAGUCAUUGAGUCUAGUGAAGUUGCCCAAAAAUCCCUUAAUUUUGCACCUGGCGAGCGUUUGAAGGCUUACGGUGAUGUUCCAGGUGACAAAUGGGUCAGAAACAGACCAAUUCAAAGCGCUCGCAAGAAGAGCGCAGAUGGUAAGGACAUAAUGGUGGUGAAGUUUCAUGUGGAGACCAAGUCGGGUAAACAUGCUACUGUUUUGGUGGAGCAGAUAGAUACUUCCUUCUGGACUUCGGAGUUUUCUUAUAUUGCAUUGGACAUAUAUGGUGGAAAAAGGGUUUACGUGGUCGAGCCAAAAUUCUCUUCCAAAAACUUGGUUCCCAGAGGCUCAGGAUUAGGCUCUGGCAGCGGAUUUCUUGGACUCAAUUGGGGACCGAAGAAGGACUAG